AUGGCAAGCAAGCUUGAACCUUGUUCAAUAGGUAUUUUACUCGGCUCAACUGAAGAUUGCCACAAGACUACUUACGCAAGGAAAGUUGGAACCAAUAAGUUGGCGGCUCUACCGGCGGACGACGUCGAACUAAUUGUACGAAGGAGCGGUUUAAAGGCAGAAAAUGAUAGCGUUAUCUGUUUUCAUCAUGAAAUGGUUUAUUUACGCAAGUAUGAAUUUUUGCAAAAAAGUUGUUGUGAUCCCUUUGAAAUGCAUCCAACAACGGCAAGGAAAAAGUCCUUACGCAUAAUAGAUAUUGCAAACGCGGACAAAAUUAAUAAACUCGUUGUGAAAGAUAUCAAGCCUGGUCAAAAACUGUGCCCAAAAUGUUCAUCUCAUCUUGGAAGCAUCGAUGAAAGUUGCAUCGAAGAAGAUGAAGAGUAUAAGCCUGAAGUUGAGGACGAGUUACAUAAUCUUGCCGCCACAUUUAGCUCCCUUGGUUGCACUCCAGUUAAGACUAAAUUCGCACAGAGAGACCGUGCGGUGUAUGCCAAACGAAAGGUUAAAGAAGCGCAGACGGCUAUUACUGACGAAGUUGCUCGUAGUUUAAAUGUUGACUCCAAUGAACUUCAAACGUGUCAAAAGUGCACAGACCUUGACGCAAUUAUAGAAGGGAUCAAAGAAAAAUGCUCCACUUCAAACAUGGAAGCCACACUAAAACUUAUCACUCUUGCGCCGCCUUCUUGGACAAUAGAAAAAACCGCAAACGAGUUCGGUGUAUCUAAGUUCAUGGUCAACAAAGCUCGGAAAUUGAAAAAGGCGAAAGGAAUUUUACCCGAUAUAAGCCCAAUAAAAGCAAGGAAACUGUCGGAAGAAAGCAAAACGAAGGUCAUCAAUUUUUACAACGACGAAGAAGUAUCGCGAAUGUGCCCAGGGAAAAAAGACUUCGUUUCCGUUAAAAAUUCAGAGGGGAAACGAAUCCAUGUUCAAAAGCGACUCUUGCUUGCUAAUUUACGUGAACUGUAUUUGCACUACAAAGAAAAAUCAAGUGGUGAACACGUUGGAUUUUCCAAGUUUUGUGAACUUCGGCCGCGUUGGUGUAUUACCGUUGGAGCGAAAGGUAUGCAUUCGGUAUGCGUCUGCGAAUACCACCAAAACGUCAAGUUACUGCUGGAUUCUCUCCCUGGUCCAAAACUUGAUCAUAAAUCCUUAAUGACGAGACUUGUUUGCGAUGUCAGUGAAAGAAACUGCAUGCUUCAUCGGUGCGAGAAAUGCCCAGGUUCUGACGGUCUCAGAGAACACCUUCAGUCUGUCUUUUUGGAACGUUCAAUCGAGGAGGACGAUGAACUAACUUUCAAGCAAUGGACGCAUACAGAUGGCACACGACUUAUUACAAGACAGGAACUUGCGUGUGACCUCUUGGAGGAGAUCGUUUUGCAAAUUAACGCUCUAGCCAGCCAUAGCUUCAUCGCGAAGGCACAAGCAACCUACCUUUCACAGCAAAAGGAGUCGUUAACUCGAGGCACUGCGGUUGUUUUGCUCGAUUUCGCCGAAAACUACUCAUUUGUUGUUCAGGACGCUGUUCAAGGUUACUACUGGGAUAACAGUCAAGCUACACUGCAUCCACUAGUUGCCUAUUAUCGGAAAGAAGAUGGCAAUCUCGGUACAAUCAGUUUCUGUGUGGUCAGUGAUUGUCUGAAGCAUGAUGCUACAGCUGUGUACGCAGUUAUCAGCGUUAUCAUUGUUCAUCUCAAGGAAUUAAUAGUCCAGGUCUUUCGUUGGUGAGAUACUUCAGUGAUGGAGCCGCCAGUCAGUACAAGAACUGUAAAAACUUUUUAAAUUUAUGCUACCAUGAGGAGGAUUUCGGAGUGAAGGCGGAAUGGCAUUUUUUUGCAACAAGUCACGGGAAAAGUCCAUGUGAUGGUAUCGGUGGAACCAUUAAGCGUCUAGUCGCCAGAGCUAGCCUUCAAGCUACGACAGGGAAUCACAUUCUCAAUGCUAAAGAACUCUUUUCGUGGGCAAAAGCUAACAUUUCGGGAAUCGAAAUGCUUUUCGUGAGCACUGAAGAAAUUGAGAAAUGCGAAAUGGUCUUAGAGUCACGUCUGAACGACGCCAAAAACAUAGCAGGAACAAGGAGUCACCACAGUUUUGUUCCAGUCAAUUCUGAUUCUCUGCAAAUCCGGCGAAUUUCAGCAGAUGUGGAUGGAACAUCCGUUAAAGUAACAAGUUCGUCUCAGGCACAAACAUCUCAAUCGUUCACACAUGGUCAGUGUUUAGCAGCAGUUUACGACAAAGCCUGGUACCUGGGUGUCGUAGAAGAUAUAUCGCACGAAAAUGAAGACGUCCUCGUAAACUUUAUGAGAUCUCGUAAUCCCGGCACUACAAUCCACUCGUUCGUAUGGCCAUCAACACGAGAUGAAUGUUGGAUUCCUUUUGAGCAUGUGCUAUGUACCGUGCAAGAGCCGUUGCAGAUCACAAAGGGUCGAAUCAAACAAUACAAACUUAACAGUCCAGCAAUUGAGAUGAUUGAAGACAGCUUUAACAAAUUUUUAGAUUGUUACUACAAUUGA